AUGCGGAUACAACUACGGUCCGCCGUCCCUGGUCGCCUACGACCAAGAAUAUCACUAUACAACGAAGAGCCAUAUGACUCUCAAGCGAUUAGCCAAGUCAUCGACCAUGACACGAAUAUCUUAUCACCCGGUCCUGUGAUCGUCGUUGGUACGACACUAAAAGUCCCUGGCGCUUGUCAACUUGUCCGCAAUCUCGCCAAGAAGGCCAAGGCAAACGGUUCACCCGUGAUCUGGAUCGCGCCCGAUCGUCCGUCGAGUUAG